AUGACCACCAUCCUACCCAACUUUGCCAUCGACGCGCGGGUGCUGCAGCAUCCAGCAGCCUCCAUCCUCCUGCCCAUCGCCCUUGGCACCGCCGUCGGCUAUGGCACCCGUCCGACACAAACAAAGGAUAAAUACUUGUCGCUCAAGCAGCCCCCGCUGCGUCCGCCGCCCUGGGUUUUUGGUCCAGUCUGGACCCUGCUCUACGGCAUCAUGGGCUACGCCGCCUACCGCGCCACGAGCACCGGCCUAUCGCCCCUCGCCUCCCCAGAGGUCACUCGGGCUACGCGGCUCGGCAUGACGCUCUACACAAUCCAGCUCGGCCUGAACUUUGCCUGGAUGCCCCUCUUCUUCGUCGCCGAGCGGCCCGUCGAGGCCACCAUCGAUAUCCUCGCCCUCCUGGGCGUCAACGUCUAUCUCACCCGCGUCUGGGGGUCCGUCGAUAAGGUGGCCGGGCUCUGCCAGAUCCCCUACCUCGCCUGGCUGAGCUUCGCCACCUACCUCUGCGCCGGGGCGGGCCAUCUCAAUAGCUGGGAUCUCUCGGACAAGGAGACGGUGAGGAACGACAACGACAAGAAGAAAUAG